AGGCCCAGGCAGCGAGAAUGUCCAUUCAGCAAGGAAGCAUCACAGCUACUUCAUCUGUGCCCAGGCAAUCUGAAUCUGGCAGAUCUCAGUGUACUGAAGACGAGAUUUUUUACAGAAACUGUAGAGCAGCUUACCUGACCGUAUUUCGAACCAGUUUAGAGAAUAUCACUUCCAAAGAUCAACUCUGUCUGGUUCUCCAGCAGGCUGGAAGAAAUCCUUCCAGGAAGACGCUUGAGAAGUACUGGACUCAGCAUACCAAGAAAUUAAACUUUGAUGACUUUUGCGAGAUUUUGAAAAAUGAAAAACGUACAGGCAAGAGUGAAUUGUUGAAAGCUUUCAAGAAGCUUGAUCUAAAUAAUGAUGGCUACCUUACACAUGAAGAGCUUUACAAAGUUCUCACUACUAAUGGCGAGAGGAUGACACAUGAAGAAAUGAAAAUGAUCAUGGGUGAAGCUGAUAUCAAUAAGGAUGGAAAAUUGGAUUAUACUGAGUUUUGUAAAUUAUUCCUGGCAACAGUUGAAACAAGUCAGAAGACUGCAGUUGCCAGACUAGAGGCGAUGACCAAAAUGAAGCAACAACAGUUUGGAAGUUCGACAGUCGCUUCAUUGGAACUUUCUUCCUCACCUUCAUCAAAAUCACUGCUGGCAACUUCUCAAAAUCCUGAGACAGAUUUAAUCCCCAAUGGUAAACUUGAUAGCAGACUUCCAUCAAGAACGUCAUCUGCUCGAAGUCGCAGGGCCUCAAUUUCUUCUACCAUCACUAUGGGACCGAUCACUACAAAAGGUCUGAAAUUAACUGAGCCCAAAGCAAUGAAGAACUGGCAACACACUUGGUCAAAGGGAUGCUUUUUCCUGGAGGAAGAUGGUGGAAUUGUCAGUCAUCAGUAUAGACUGGAAUUACAUCAAACAACAAAUGUUUGCCUUACCAUCAGACCAUUAAACCUCAGCGAAAGUGAAGAAAAGCAAUCCUCCUGGAUGAAUGUGGAUACCUCAUUAUUUGUUUUGAGGAACAAUGGUGAUUCGGAAGUUCUGGAAGUUGUAUGUGUCACAGAAUUACGAGAAAAAGAGAAGUUUGGUUGGAAGGGAGAACUUCGUUCUGGAGUUUAUCACCUUCUCCCAUUUACCACUGGCUGCAGACUAAGAAAAAGGAGGAAAUCAAAGACACGUGAAGCUAAGCUGGUCUAUAGAGAAGAUGGCAACCUAGCACUCACCAAGGAAUUCAGAGCUGCUCUGUCAGACAUCUUUGAAAUCAUCGAUUUAGAUGGCAAUGGCCUACUGAGCUUUGAUGAAUAUAAUUUUUUUGAGUUAAGGACCAGUGGAGAGAAAUGUGACAGAGAAGCCUGGGUUGUGUGCCAAGAAAACUUUGACACAAAGAAAAAUGAGCUGACACGACAGGGAUUCAUGGACUUGAAUUUGAUGGAAGCGAAUGAUCGGGAGGGUGAUCCAAAAGACCUUUGGGUGACACUUGAAUCAAUGGGCUACAGCAAAACAUUAGAAAUGCAUGAGGCAUGUCCUUUUGUAAUUAAUAUCUAUGCAGAGGACAGCAAACUUAAGUUAACACCUAUCAGUCUGGAAGCGGGUGGAAACCUUCUCAAUUCAGUUAUCUGCAAAUCUGUUGUAAGUAAAGGAGAAGCAAAAGCAAUGAAGAAUUACAGCAAUUUGGUGAUUCAUAUCUACAAGAUGGAAACACGAAUCACUUCAGUCAUUGAAAAUAAAUCUGAAACAAGAGUGAUUGUUCACGUCAACAAUGAACAGAGUAAGAACUCUGUCAGCAGUCGGGGGCUUAGUAUCUUUGCAGUUGAAGUAGCACCAAAGACAACUACAGUCUGCCAGCAUGUGAUGCCUAUCAAUGAAAAACUGGAAUGGAUUUACAGCUGCACAGAAAGCAUUGUGACCUGAAAUAUAAAGCACAAGAAAAGAGCUGCAAUAUCAAGCAUCUGGAUGGCAAUGCUUCUGAAUCCAAAGUGUGAAGUUAAAUUGACACUUUUGUAUG